AUGCAGAAGAUGGCCUUCUCUCCGUUGCUGUGUGUGUGUCUGGAUGUGCUCGUGGUGCAGGCGGUGAGGUGGGCCCAGCUGUCCCCCGCGCUCCUGCCGCACCCCUUCCUCGCCCUGUGGGCCGCGGGGGUGCUCCGCGCCUCCCUGCUCCUCCUCAUGCGCCUCUCUCCAGGCUGCCCGCAGUGGCUGAGAGGCCCUGAAGCGGCCAAGACCGUGCUGGUGCACGGCUUCCUCUGCCCGGCCUACAUCACCCUGCUGUGGGGGUGCGGGCAGCCCACGCUGGAGCUGCUCUGGGGCUGGCAUUCCUGGCAAGGGAUAUUCCAAGCGUAUGGGGUCACGGCCGUCUCUCUCUUACUCUGGCAACGAUACAUCCCAUCUCUGUCUUCUGAGCCAACCAAGAAGACCCAGGAGAAGAAUGGCGCUUCCCUGCGGAGGCUUAUGGGAUACACGAAGCCAUUUUUCGUGCAGUUUGGAGCAGUUUUCUUCUUAGUGAUAAUCUCCUCCCUGGGCGAGAUGGCAAUUCCCCAUUACACUGGCCGAAUGACCGAUUGGAUCAUGAACGAGGAUGAGCCCGAGGCCUUCACUCACGCCAUCACUGUCAUGUCGCUGAUCACCAUCAUGAGCGCCGUGUCUGAGUUUGUGUGCGACCUCAUCUACAACAUCACCAUGAGCCGCAUCCACACCUUCAUCCAGGGCCAGGUCUUCAAGGCUGUGCUGAAGCAGGAGAUCGCUUUCUUCGAUACAGUGCAUACUGGUGACAUUGUAUCGCGCAUCACCACGGACACCAACACCAUGAGCGAGUCUCUGAGCGAGAAGCUCAGCCUGCUGAUGUGGUACUUCAUGCGCGUCACCUUUCUCUUCAUCUUCAUGCUGCGGCUUUCCUGGAAGCUGUCUCUCUUCACUGCGCUUGGGCUGCCCAUCAUCCUCGUCAUACCUGAGCUCACUGGGAAAUUCUACCAGUCGCUGUCAGUGAAGGUCCAGGAGUCACUGGCCCGGGCAAAUGAUGUUGCCAUGGAGACCUUUUCCUCCAUGAAAACAGUGCGGAGUUUUGCUAAUGAAGAGGGAGAGACGGAGAGGUACAGAAAAAAGCUAGAGGACACAUACUCGCUAAACAAAACCGAAGCUGCAGCCUACGCUGUUUCUACCUGGACCAACAGUCUGUCCAGUCUGGCUCUGAAGGUCAGCAUCUUGUACUAUGGCGGCCGCCUGGUUACAGGGAAGGACGUCAGCAGUGGUGACCUUGUGUCCUUCGUCCUGUAUGAGCUGCAGUUUGCAUCUGCUGUUGAGGUCCUCAUGUCAUAUUAUCCCCAUGUGAAGAAGGCUGUUGGAGCCUCUGAAAAGAUUUUUGAGUAUGUGGACAGACAGCCCCAGGUUCCCCCCGAGGGCUCACUGGCGCCCAAAGUGCUUCGGGGGAAUGUGCACAUGAAGAACAUCACAUUUGCGUACCCAAAGAGACCCGACACACCUGUGCUCAAGGGCUUCUCUCUGGAGCUGAAGCCUGGUGAGGUGACUGCUCUGGUUGGACCUUCUGGUGCAGGGAAGAGCACCUGUGUGAGCCUGCUGGAGAGAUUCUACCAGCCACAGGACGGGGAGAUCCUGCUCGAUGAACAGCCUCUGUACAGCUAUCAGAACCAGUACCUGCAUGACAAGAUCGCUGUGGUGAGCCAGGAACCAGUGCUGUUUGCCCGCUCUGUGAGGGAGAACAUUAAAUAUGGCAGAGAGGGCGCUACCGACGAGGAGAUGAUUAGGGCUGCUGAGCUGGCCAAUGCACACACGUUUAUUUCUGACCUGUCAAAAGGAUAUGAUACAGACGCUGGGGAGAAAGGGGGCCAGGUCUCUGGGGGUCAGAAGCAGCGCAUCGCCAUCGCCAGAGCUCUUAUCCGACAGCCCAAGAUCCUGGUGCUGGAUGAUGCCACCAGCUCCCUAGACACGGAGAGUGAGCACCUGGUACACGAGGCACUACGGAAGAACUUCAACCAGUGUGCUGUACUGCUGAUCGCUCACAAACUGAGCACGGUGGAGAAGGCCAAUCACAUCAUCUUCCUGAAGGAUGGGGAGGUGAUAGAAGAAGGCACCCAUGAAGAGCUACUUGGGAAAGGUGGUGCCUACGCCCAACUGGUAGAGAAACAAAACACUGCUUUCCAGCGCAGUGCAGAGGAGGGUUCGGAUGCAAAUGGUGUUUGACACAAAGUCUGAGGACCUCGUUCUGUCUGCUUUAUCCAGAUCCACCAUUCCACUCCUUUACUGCAUAUUACAAUAUUUUACUUAGCAAGUUUAUCUGUCAACCAAAAUUAAGGACAAGAAUCCCGUCAUAUAUCAUUACCCUGUUUUAAUUUGUUAGACCUUUUUCAUUGUAAAGUAUGCUUGUACUGGACUGCAUACUUGGUUACAAUAUUGAUGUAAAUAUUUAAGAACAUGUAUUUAUGUUACAUGAGAAUGUGCUGAGUUGUACUUUUCUAUCUGUUGUAUGUUUUCUUCAAACAAGGACAACAUAAAGACCUGGUUUUUUUAUGAGACUUACAGUGGAGAACCUUGGAGUGCAGUAUCCAGACAUAUGUUAUUGGGCCAUAGAUAAUUAACAUUAUCUAUGGCCCAAUUCUGAUAAUACAGAAGUGAAAUAUGUAUGUGUUUGGUUGGUCAUGAGACAUGGUUAUUGAACAGGCUGUAAAGAUUGCUCAGAAAUCCUUAAAAUGUUAAAAUGACCAAGAAAUCCAAUAAA